AUGUCUCUCAAGGACGACGCCUUUCCUUCCUCCGUGGCCUUUGAUGCCAUCAAUGAGUCCCUCGCCUCCAACGAUGCCGAGCGGAAGAGUGCCAUCAAGCAAGGAGGCGCCGUUUUCGCCUUCAAGCUGACCAACAGCAGCGGCAAGGAAGAGGCGUGGUAUAUCGAUCUCAAAGAGACUGGAAAGGUUGGCAAGGGCGAGGCCCCCGCGGGCAAGAAGGCUGAUGUGACACUUCACCUCUCCGACGAGAACUUUGGCAAAUUACUCGUCGGCAAGACGAAAGCCCAGGCGCUAUUUAUGGGUGGAAAAUUGAAGAUCAAGGGAAAUAUCAUGAAAGCAACAAAGAUGGAACCCAUUCUCUCAAAAGCUGGCGGUGCUGCCAAAGCCAAACUAUAG